GACGCGUAGCGAUGGGUUUGUGUGAGUUCCUACCAAAUCCCCAAGCAUAUCGCUUCUCUGGUCGAAAUUGCCCUCCAAAGUUUGGCAAAUUUGCGAGCGUGCCACUUUUGACGUGGAAGAAUAAACGCCGGAAAGUGGCUGCUUCGUUGUCUCUAACAGCCUUAUCAAUGGAAACGCCUCCUCAAGGGUACAGAAGGAAUGUUGGGAUUUGUCUCGUUAAUCCCUCCAAAAAGAUCUUUGCUGCUUCGAGGAUUAACAUACCGGACACAUGGCAAAUGCCUCAGGGUGGCGCUGAUGAAGGUGAGGACCUUAGGAAUGCAGCGAUGAGAGAAUUAAGGGAAGAAACAGGUGUUACUUCAACUGAGUUUCUUGCAGAGGCUCCAUACUGGCUGACUUAUGACUUCCCACUCCAAGUUAGAGAGAGACUUAAUCGUCGGUGGGGUACAAACUAUAAAGGUCAAGCACAGAAGUGGUUUCUUUUUAAGUUUACUGGGAAGGAGGAAGAGAUCAACCUAUUGGGAGAUGGUUCCGAAAAGCCAGAAUUCAAGGACUGGUCAUGGAUGUUACCAGAACGAGUGGUGGAGCUUCAGGCAGUGGAUUUCAAGAAGCCUGUAUAUGAACAAGUUAUGAAGGUGUUUAGUCCAUAUCUUCAGGAAGAUGUAGAUGAACAACUGCACAAAAAGGAAACUGAUACCGAAGUUCUUAUGGAGUUCCCUCCAGCUUGAAAUGUUAAUUCGGAAGUCUCAUUGAUAUGAAGAAGCUAUUUCUGGUGCUAUGCCAGGUUUUGUCUUGAAAUUAACCACAUCUAUAAGAAUAAUAAUCUUCAGUUAGUGGUCUUCAUUUGCAAGUGAAUGAAGUCCAUCGCAUUCAAAGGCUUUCCUGCAAAAACACUGUCAAAACGUGUUUUUCCUUUAUUGGUUAGCUGCUCCAACCUAAAGACAUUAUUUAUUCACUGAGAAGUGACAUUUGUUUUUGUGGAUUAUUAAAGAUUAAAAAGAACUCAAACAUUUACUUAAAAAUUUUCAUAUGUAUAUGCUUAUAUUUUACAUUGGUGUCUAUUGUAGUCAAAUGGUGAAGAGAAAGGGUUUUGUGUGAAUUCCUAAAAUAAUAAAUUUUUACACUCCCAUGUCAUAAAUUUAUAUGUGAAAUUUAUGUAAUAAAGUAUAUUAUUUUAGCAA